AUGACCACUCUCCACUAUCUCCCUCCCGUGAAACCCUCGGCGAUUGCCAUGGGUACUAUCUUCACCCAUACGGCUUCACUGGGUAUUCUCGCUCCUGUCUUUGGUGAUACUUAUCAUCGGGCACAGGCCGCCAAUUCCAAGGAGGAAUUCAUCAAGUCCAAGGAGGCUGCUGGAGCAGCGGCGGCUUGGGGUAGCUCUCUGGUUGGAAGCGCUGUGCAGACUUACGGUGUUGCAGCCCUGAUCAAUGCUACUGGAACACUGAGCUAUAAGGGAGCUGCUUAUUUGGGAAGUUUGAUUUUCAUGGCCAGUUCCGGGCCAAGUUUCAUCAGUCAAAUCUUCACUGAAAAGCGACCCCUCGAUACUGUUGCUGUUGGUGCUGUCAGCAGAGUGUUUGAGACAGUUGGGCUUAGCCUGUUCCUUACCUGGUGGGGUACUCGUACAAAUCCUUUUGAUUAG